CUCUGUAUGACGCAGGCACCACUUUACACUUCACAACCUCUCACUAGGAUUUGCCUUACUCACCAAGCCGGGCCAUCUCCCGUAACACCAAGAGAAGUCACUCCUAGCAUUGACCGUGAAAUCUCAUUGCGAAUAACGAAUCCCCGGCCAGCUUCCAGUCCAUCGUGAUUCCAACUGUUGAGCGCGUCAUUGUCGGUGUACAUCUUCCACGCGACUGCCACCACAAACACCAUAACAACUCCGUCUGUCCACGACGGAACAAGCCCAGGGAAAAAAAACUUAACGACACCACCACAGACUGCCUUGGCUGCAGCCUACACGACGACUCGUUGUUCACCCUGGCGCAAGGAAGGAGCUAGGAUCUGCGUUUGUGGCCCUGCACCACGACACAACCAGGACGGCAUCUGACUAUAUCCACCCACACGUCUCGUCCACACCCGGGGCUAAUUCUCCCCUCACGCCUCUCCCAACGACACACCUUCACUCAACCCGCACUGCGCGGAACUGCGUUCAAGGACGCCCGCCCGCUUUUGAGCAUGCCUCUUUUCGAUCUCGGCUCUCUGUUUCUCGACCACGUUGUUUUCAUCACCAACCUUGUCUACAUGAACAUCGCCCUCUCCAAUGCUGAACCCAGCCUACUCUUCCCUCUUUACGUUGUGUCGAAGCUACUGGCUCGAGGACCUGAAGAUUGGGAUUCUCCCACCGCAAAAUGGCCCCCACCCAUGAAAUGGUAGCCAACUGUGGCUACCAGACCCCGGAUGAGCACAGCAAUCGUCCCUCGUACUUUGCUACUCCGAACGAAUCUCCUUUGGCAUCAUUGCCCUUACCUAGAUCUCCUUUGAGACGACCCCCCUUUGUUCCUCGUUCCUCCCAUGGACCGGCCUUUGAAACGGAGGACAGCACGGCGAUGCCUCCGGCCGAGCGGCAGGCAGAGUCAAAUGAGUCUAGUCCAAACAACGCCAAAGCUACGCUGGAGAAGCACUUUAGCUUGGGCAAAGUAGGAAUUCGAGAUCGGAUCGCCUGUCAUACCUGGACUUGGUUCACUAUGACGAUGGCAACCGGAGGAAUGGCGAAUGUGAUACACUCUCUUCCCUACCAAGCUGCCUGGCUCAACGGCAUAGCCGUAGCAUUUUUCCUCCUCAAUGUCAUCCUCUUCAUCAUGAACUGUGCCCUCGCCAGUAUUCGAUUCAAAUCUAGGCCGGGGGCCCUCACCCAUUCAUUCACAGACCAGACGGAAUCGCUCUUCAUUCCUUCUGCUGUUGUCUCUUUCGCCAUCAUAUCGAUCAACAUAUGCCAGUUCGGUGUGCCGCAUGUAGGGCCCUGGCUCCUUAGAAUCAUGCAGAUUCUGUUCUGGUUCUACAUAGCCUUGAGUGUGCUUGCCAGUGCCACUAUUUACCUGAUUCUUUGGUCGACAUUGAUAUUUCCCAUUCAUACCAUGACUCCUACCUGGGUCUUCCCAGCCUACCCUCUGCUUCUCACGGCACCUUUUGCGAGCAACCUUAUACAAGCUGCUGUACAAACGAACCAGCAGGUCGUUACUCUCAAUAGGACUGCCAUUGCUCUCUGUGCGGUCGCUACGCAAGGCGCGGGCUGCUUGAUUGCCUUUAUGAUCUCUGCUGCCUUUAUCUAUCGACUGAUGACGCAGAAAUUACCGCGGGAUUUUCAACGUCCUGGUGUGUUCAUUUCUAUUGGGCCAUUUGCUUUCACGGUCGGAGGCUUAGUUCAACUCGGCAAUUCCGCAGACAAAAUUCUGCCCAGCAAUUUCCUGGGCACCGACCUUGCCGUGCCCAUCAUCAAAGUCAUGUCAGUCUUGAUCGGGCUAUGGCUCUGGGGUCUGAGCAUGUGGUUCUUCAUCGUCUCCGUAGGAUCACUUUGGAAGUAUGUGCGGCCAGAGAGCAAGAUGCCUUUCCAAAUGACAUGGUGGUCAUUUGUCUUCCCGAACACUGCACUUGUUACAGCCACGACCGCGCUUGGUAAGGCUUUGCAGAAUAACGGAUUGCAGAUAUUUGGCUGCGUCUUCGCAGCGUGUCUGAUAGUCAUAUGGUUUAUUGUAUUUGUAACGAUGAUUCGGUGUUUGUACAAACGGGAGCUCCUAUGGCCAAAAGAUACCCAAUAG